CCGUCACGGCUUACUGUGGUCACUUAACUUUAACGGUCAUAGGACAAGAAGUUGGUUUACAGUAUGUCGUUAGAUGGAACAAUUUUACAGAUGAAGAAUUAUUCCUUCAAGAUAAAGAUAUUCCAAGUAAAAAAAAAUUUGUUGGUAAGUCUAAAGAACCUGUACAAAGGAUUACACAAGGCACCGCAAUAUCUCAUGCACUUAAGGCUAUUGUCGGCGCCUUAUAUAUGGACAAAGGUCCGCACUCAGCACGACAAUUUAUUCACGACCAUAUAUUAUCUAGAGAUGUUAAUAUGAAAGAUGCUAUUGAAAUUAAGGAACCAAAAAGAGAACUGUCAGCAUUGAUGAAACGAUUAAACAAACCAUCCCCGAUUUCUAGAUUAAAGUCCGAAACUGGUCGAUUAUCAUAUGCGCCCGCAUUUGUUAUUGGUGUAUAUUCGGGUACAGAACAAUUAGGUGAGGGAUUUGGAAGUAGUAUUAAGAUGGCGGCAUUCAGAGCCGGUAGAGAUGCUUUGCUGCAGUAUUAUCUGAAAGAGGCCAGGGACUUUACUUUACCGUCCAUAGUCGAUUCGCAUGAAAAGCAGGCCACAUAUAUACCAACAAAAGUUGGUGAUACACCUCCGAGACUUUGA